AGCAGUUGUGGUUCCACCCACUCACGUGACUCGAGGCAGCUCAAGCAAGAUAAAGAGUAGGGAUAGAUAGCCUUGCAGUUACACAGACAAUUCAGGGAAGUUGUGGUUGAGUGUCUAAGGCAGUCAUGGCAACCACGAUCCACGACGUUCUUCCAAGUAAUUUCGCAUAUGUGAUCUUUACUUACAUCUACAGCUUGUUCAUGAUAAUGUACCUGAGCAUGAAGGUGAUGGGUGCAAGGAAGAAGUACGGCGUAAAGCUGGCUGCUGCAGUUCGUGGAGCAAUAUGGGUGACUAGCCGCUUUUCAUAUGCCUCAGGAUAUUACACUGGAGACCCUGAGAAGAGACGGAGAGGAAUUUAUGGCUACAUUGGAUAUUUUGGAUUGAUGCUGCUGUCUAUAGCUACUGCACUACAGCUUCUCCACGUUAUUUGAUGAAACCACCUUUUCUGGUCACCCAAGAAAACAUUCUGAUGAAAUCAACCAAUGUAUGUCUUCUGUUGAAAGAAGCAAAUGAACAGAUUGUUAUAUUUUAA